AUGCCUGCCAAAUCGUUGUGCCGGCAGCAAUCUCCCUCGGCGUUGAGCGGGGAGAUACCGCCGGAGUUGGGCAACCUCACCAGCCUGACAGAAUUGAACCUCUUCAAUAACCAGUUGACCAGCGAAAUACCGCAGGAAUUGGGCAACCUCACCAACCUGCACGUGCUGCGGGUCAGCGAAAAUCAGUUAACCGGGGAGAUACCGGCUGGGUUGGGCAACCUCGCCAACCUGACAGAGCUGGUCCUCAAUGAGAACCAGUUGAGCGGGUGCCUGCCAAGCAAUUUGAUUGGCCGGUUGGAUGAUGAGAUAUCAGACUUGGGCGGUCUCCCGUUCUGCCCGUGA